AUGAACGACCCAGCCGCCAUGCCGCACGCGGAGGGGAAUGCCCUGCUGAAGGCCGUGUGGCAGGGCAAGUUCCGCCUCACUCGUCUCUUGCUGGAAGGUGGGGCCUACAUCAACGAGGGCAACGCCCAGGGCGAGACCCCGCUGAUCGCCGCCUGCCUGGCCCGCUACGAUGACCCGCACAACAAGCCCCGCAUGGUGCGCUACCUGCUGGAGAACGGCGCCGACCCCAACAUCCCCGACAAGACGGGCAAGACGGCCCUGAUGCACGCCUGCGCCGACCGGGCCGGGCCCUUGGUGGCUUCGGUCCUGCUGGAGCACGGGGCCGACCCCAGCGCCAGGGACUACGCGGGGGCAUCGGCCCUGGUGUACGCCAUCAACCGGGGCGACCGGGAGACCUUGCAGGUGCUGCUGGACGCCUGCAAGGCCAAGGGCAAGGAGGUGAUCAUCAUCACCACCGACACGUCCCCCUCGGGCACCAAGAAGACCAAGCAGUACUUGAACUCACCCCCAUCCCCGGGCCUGGAGGAGAAGUCGCCUGCCCUGUGCAUGUCGCCCUCCGACAUCGACGUCAAGACCACACAGUCGCCCGGGGCCAGCGAGAAGGAGGAGGCGAGGGACGUCUUCAACUUCACCAUGGCCACCCGGCUGACCUGCCCCCCGCUGCCUCUUCCCAAGGGGCUGGAGGCUGAGGCCUCCGCAGAGCAGUCGCCGGCAGCCCCGCCGCCCAAGGGCCGGCCCAGGCAACUCAAGAGACUCAACUCAGAACCGUGGGGGCUGGUGGCGCCCUCCACCUUGGCCGCCGCCCAUCUGGAGAAGGCCCGGACGCCGGAGGAGAGGAUCACGGCCGAGAUGAAUGGCUUGAGCAUCACCAAGAGGCCCGUGCUGUCACGGAGGCACAGCAUCGAGGGCCAGGAGCCCCCCGGUUUCAAGACGCUUGCCCCGCAAGGCUUCGGGGAAGAGGCCCCAGGUCCGGAGGCACCUUGGGCCGAGAAGGUUCAUUUUGGUCACCUCCACCAGCCUCUGUCGCGGCGCAACACGGCCCCCGAGGCCCAGGAGAGUGGGGGGGGCCCGGCACCCGGCCUGCGGGGCGUGGCCCACCAUAAGCUGGCCCGCAUGGAGCACUGCGAGUCGGACGCGCACCUCUGCCCGGACUCCAUCCCCGGCUCCCCGGAUUCAGGCCGCGUCUCCCUGGAGAGGAGGAAAUACAACGCCUCCCCCCUGACCCUGCCAGCCAGCUCCUCCCGGGAGUCCCUAGAGAGCAUUCCCAGCGCUGUGUCCCCCAUGACGGGGCGGCGUCGCUCCCCGGGGCUGCUGGAGAGGAGGGGAUCAGGGACUCUCCUCCUAGAUCACAUCGCCCACACCCGGCCUGGCUUCCUGCCCCCGCUCAACAUCAACCCCCACCCUCCCAUCCCUGACAUCCGGGCCAACGGCCGGCCCCCAUCGCCCGUGCACAGGGGGCUCAUCCCCAUGGCCCCCAGCUCCCCCAAGGCGAAGAAGAAGCUGUUCAGAAGGCAUUCUAUGCAAACAGAACAGAUCAAGCAGCUGGUCAAUUUCCAGAACCUGCUGGCCCAGGGCGACCCGGCCAGUUAA